ACUGUCCUUGGGGCUUGGACCACCAGUGAGUGCCCUGUUGAGGGCUGAGUGUUGCUUGUGCAGCCAUGGCACACCGGAACAUAGUUGACAUGAUCCGGCCGGACGUGUUCACACCUCGAGAAUACCAAGUGCAGCUGCUGGAGAGUGCCAAGCAUGAGAAUAGCAUCAUCUGCCUCAAAACAGGCAGUGGGAAGACAUUUAUUGCCAUCAUGCUCAUCAAGGAAAUGGCUCCAGCCAUCAGAAAGCCAUGGGCAGAGGGCGGCCAGCGGACGUUUUUCCUGGUGAACACGGUGCCACUGGUGGCGCAGCAGGCGGCCGCCAUUGAGCAGCACACAGACCUCGUCGUGGGCCAGUUUGUGGGCAGUAGCACGCUGGAUGCAUGGAACAAGCGCGACUGGGAUACGCACUUGGAGCAAAAUCAGGUGCUGGUCAUGUCGUCGCAGAUCUUCUGCAACAUGCUGGAGCACGGCUUCGUGGACCCGUCCAGAGUGAACCUGUUGAUCCUGGACGAGUGCCACCACGCCGUCAAAUCUAGCCCAAUGCGACAGAUCAUGCGCCUGGUGCACCACACGCCGGCCGAGCGGCGGCCCAAAGUGCUCGGCAUGUCAGCCUCUAUCGUCAGCAGCAAGAUCUCUCCGGCUAAGCUGCAGACGGCCGUCGAGGCGCUGGAGGAGACGAUGGGCUGCGUGCUGCGCACCGCCGAUGACACGGCCUCCGUCACCCAAUACGCCACGCGGCCGCAGGAGAUGGUGGUGGAGUGCGACGACUUCAACAAGCCAACGAAGCUGCACCAGCAGCUGCUGGCAGUGGCCAACCGCUGCAUGCACUUCCUCACCACGCACCGCUACUGCCCGCACGAGAUCUACGGAGAAGACUAUGCGGAGUUUCUCCGCGGCGUUCCGGAUCCCAUCGUGGAGCCCAAGCAGAUCAUGAAGGACUUCUUAUAUAUACUGAACACGCUCGGAGCGUGGUGUGCCGACCGGGCCGCCAUCUACUUCAUGGUGGAGGUGGAAAAGAUGAAGCGGAAGACGGCGUAUGACCGGCACUUCCUACUGCUCGGCAUGGUGUUCUCCGACCUCGUGCGCAUCAGGACACUCUGCGACCAUGUGUUUGAGGAGCUGGACCUGCGCGAGCAGAUCAGCCGCUACUCCAGCCCCAAGGUCCUGCGGUUGAUCGAGAUCCUGCGGGAGUUCGCGCCGCCGCCGCCGCCGCCGCCACCGCCACCGCCACCGCCCGAACAGGAGCUGAACGGGCGAGGAGAGGCUGCCGCCGACUGCGGUCAGGAGGCUCAGGAGAUGGCCCCGCCGGGGGCUCUGGCUGGCGGGGAGGCCCCACCGAUGGGGUCGGCCUCGGACGCAGCUCCGUCGCAGGUGACACCGAGCCAGCCGAGCCAGCCGGGCCAGCCGGGCCAGCCGAGCCAGCCGAGCCUGUCGAGUCAGCCGAGCCAGCCGAGCCAGCCGGGCCAGCCGGGCCGGUCGGACGGCAGUGCGUCAGCUCGCCAGCCACCGGCGUCACGCUUCUCCUACAACCCGGACGACCCGCUGUCCGUGUGCGGCCUGGUGUUUGUGCAGCAGCGCAUCACAGCCAAGGUGCUCUACCGGCUGAUCAUGGAGAUGCGCGAGGCCAUGCCGGAGCUGGCCUUCCUGUACCCGCAGUAUAUCGUCGGUGGUAGCCGCGGCUCAUACACGGCGCCGGCUGAGGUGGGCGAGGCCGAACGGCGCAAGCAGGAGGACGUGCUGCGCAGGUUCCGCAGCUACGAGUGCAACCUGCUCGUCUCCACGUCGGUGCUGGAGGAGGGCGUGGACAUCCCGCGCUGCAACCUGGUCGUGCGCUUCGACGCGCCGGCCGAGUACCGCGCCUACGUGCAGUCGAAGGGGCGCGCGCGCGCCGCCCAGGCCCACUACCUGCUGAUGGUGACCAACGCCGACCGCGAUCAGCUGCUGCACGAUCUGGCCAACUACUACGUCAUUGAGAAGCUCCUGUUAACGCACAGUCAGGAGGGCAGCGAGGAGCCGAGCGAGACGGAUCAACAGCGCUCGCUGGCCGAACGGUACAUACAGCCGUACCGGCCAGCCGGUGGCCCCUUCUCAGUCAUCGUCACCCGCAACUCGGCCAUCGCUCUCGUCAACAGGUACUGCUCACGUCUGCCGAGCGACACGUUCACCCGGCUGACGCCGCACUGGACGAUGGACGAGCGGCCAGCGGACGAGGAGAGCGCCGGAUCGCCCCUGCAGUGGCGCUGCACACUUCGCCUGCCCAUCAACUCGCCCGUGAAGGAUGUCGUUGAGGGCGACUGGUUCCCGAGCAAGUUACUGGCGCGCCAGUCGGCGGCGCUGCGCAUGUGCCGCGUGGUGCACGAGGCCGGCGAGCUGGACGACCACCUGCUGCCCAUCGGCAAGGAGGCGCUGCUCGACGAGGGGCCCGACGAGCAGCGCGAGUGGGUGCCCGACGGCGCGCCGCGGCCGGGCACCACCAAACGGCGACAGUACUACAAGAAACAGUCAGCGCCUCCGCUGUCGGGGGAGCCGCUGCAGGCCGGCCAGCGCUGCUUCCUGUACCAGUUCGACAUGCGCCUGACCUGCCCCAUCCCGGAGGAUCAGAACACGCGCGGUCGUCGCCUCUUCCAUCCGGAGAACCACCCGCGCCGGCUCGGUCUGCUGACCGCCAGCGAACUGCCUCAGGUGUGCGCGUUCCCGAUCUUCACGCGCUCGGGUGAGGUGGUGGUGAACGUGCGCCUGGUGACGGCCGAACUGCGGCCCGACGCUGACCAGCUGCGCCAGCUGGCCGCCUUCCACCGGUUCGUCUUCUCGGGCGUGCUGCGCCUGGAGAAGUUCCCCAUGCGCUUCGUGCCAGCUGAGAGCUGCAGCGCCUUCUUCGUGGUGCCCAUCAACUCCGACGGUGCGGACGGCCUGGCGCUGGACUGGACCUUCCUGGACCAGGUGACGCCUCAUUACGACGACCAGCUGCUGCCGCUGAGCGACGAGCAGCGGCGAGACUUCCAGUUCAGUCGCCAAACGUUCCACGACGCCGUCAUCAUGCCCUGGUACCGCAACCAGGACCAGCCGCAGUUCUUCUACGUGGCUGAGAUAUGUCAUCAGCUGAACCCGGGCUCCGAGUUCCCGGACGACCAGUUCCAGACCUUCACCGAGUACUACCACAGCAAGUACGGCAUCCGCAUCCAGAACCAGAAGCAGCCACUGCUGGACGUGGACCACACGUCGGCCCGCCUAAACCUGCUGACGCCGAGGUUCGUCAACCGCAAGGGCGUGGCGCUGCCGGCGGCCAGCUCGGAGACCAAGCGGGCCAAGCGCGAGUCCCUGCAGCAGAAGCAGAUCCUGGUGCCCGAGCUGUGCACGGUGCACCCACUGCCGGCGUCCCUGUGGCGCAAGGUGGUCACGCUGCCCUCGGUGCUGUAUCGACUCAACGGCCUGCUGGUGGCCGACGGUCUGCGGCGGCGCGUGGCGCUCGAGGUGCACCUGGGCACGUCUCACCUGCCGCCAGGCGCCAGCUGGCCGCAGCUCGACUUCGGCUGGAGUCUGGCUGAAGUGCUGCAGCGUCGGGACAAGACCUCAGAGCUCGCCGGCGAGGCGCCGGCCGCGGCCCCCGACCGCGACGCCGGCUCGCCGCCGAAGAUCGCGAGCAAGGAGCUCGCAGACAAGAAGACGGCCGUCGAGGCCAAACGGCUCCGCGGGCCGCAGUUCGAUAUUGGCACUUGGAGUAACGACUUGCUGGGGUGCGCUCCGCCGUCGGCCGACGAGCUGGACCUGGCGGUGCUGGGGCCAGAUCUGGCGCUGCCAGCGGCCGUCACGCUGCUGGCGGAGCCGGCCGCCGACGCCGAGGACGUGUUCGACUUCGACGAAAACUUCGUCACGGUGGAGGCGGUGCGCGAGCGCAUGGAGCGGAAGGAGGCGCGGCCGGUGCCGCGACGGCCGGCCCCACCGCCCGCCGAUCCGCGGCCCACGUCUUCUGGCACUACUACGCGUCCAGACUAUGAGAUCCGUAGUGGUGAAAGUGCACCAGAAGGCGCGGGCAGCUGCGCGCCGGGCCAAGUAAUCCUGGCGACGCCGGCCGCCGGCGGUGGCCCGACGGGCUUCGACCUCCAGCCGGACCUGGACACGCACGCGGGGCCGAGCCCGGCGCUCGUGCUGCAGGCGCUCACCAUGUCCAACGCCAACGACGGCAUCAACCUGGAGCGGCUGGAGACGGUCGGCGACUCGUUCCUCAAGUUUGCCAUCACGGCGCACUUGUACCUCACGUACCCCAGCAUUCACGAGGGCAAGCUCAGCUAUCUGCGCUCGAAGCAGGUCAGCAACCUGAACCUGUACCGGCUGGGGCGCGCCAAGGGCCUGGGCCAGCUGAUGGUGGCAGCCAAGUUUGAGCCGCACGACAACUGGCUGCCGCCCGGCUACACGGUGCCCGAGGGCCUCGAGGAGGAGAUCGUCGUAUCGGGCGUGCCGGCUAGCCACCUGAACCUGGCUGACAUGACCGACCUGGCGCAGGUGUCCGGGGAGGCGGAGGUGCGACGUCUGGUGCGCGACAAGUGCCAGCGCAUGAAGCAGCUGGCCGAGGACGCGCCGCUGGACGCCGGCGCCAUGCCCUCCUUCCUGCCGUACAACCUGCUGACGCAGCAGAGCAUCCCCGACAAGAGCAUCGCCGACUGCGUCGAGUCGCUGAUCGGCGCCUACCUGGUAUCGUGCGGCCCCAAGGGUGCGCUCGUCUUCAUGACGUGGCUCGGCAUUAAGGUGCUGCCGCGGCUGGACGGCGUCGACGAGGACUUGCCGCGUAACCCGGUGCUGGAGCGCCAGCGACGUCGACCGGCCGGGCCGCCGGCGCCCAUCAGCCGGCGCAUCGCCUACGGCCAGCUGGCGCCGCCGCCCAGCCCGGUCAGCAGCGACGUGCCCCAGCCGCUGCGGCUGGCGGCGCCGCUGCUCAGCGGACUCGAACGCUUCGAAGCCAGCAUCCAGUACGAGUUCCGCGACAAGUUCUACCUGCUGCAGGCGUUCACGCACGCCUCGUACCACCGCAACACGCUGACCGACUGCUACCAGCGGCUGGAGUUUCUCGGUGACGCCGUGCUCGACUACCUGAUCACACGGCACCUGUACGAGGACCCGCGGAACCACAGCCCGGGGGCGCUGACCGACCUCCGCUCGGCGCUGGUCAACAACGCCAUCUUCGCCACGCUCGCCGUCCGCUUCAACUUUCACAAGUAUUUUCUGCACUACUCGCCCGGCCUCAACCAGGUCAUCACCAAGUUCCUGUCGGCGUACGUGGGCCGGGACCGCAUCACUGAGGAGUACCUGUACAUCCAGGAGGACGAGUGCGACGAGGCCGAGGACAUCGAGGUGCCCAAGGCGCUGGGCGACGUGUUCGAGUCGGUGGCCGGCGCCAUCUACCUGGACUCGGGCAUGUCGCUGGACACCGUGUGGCGCGUCUACUACGGCAUGAUGCAGACCGAGAUCGAGGCGUUCAGCGAGCGUGUACCCAAGUCGCCGAUCCGCGAGCUGCUCGAGCUGGAGCCGGACACGGCCAAGUUCAAGAGGCCCGAGCGCUGCAUCAAAGGCAAGGUGCGCGUCACGGUCGAGGUGUUCGGCAAGGGCUCGUACAAGGGGCUCGGCCGCAACUACCGCAUCGCCAAGUGCACGGCGGCCAAACGCGCCCUGCGCGCGCUCAAGCGCAUGAAAGCCAACCGCGUGACGCGCGACCAGCUCUUCAUGUACGGCUCCGGCGACGCCGCCUAGCGGCGACUGGCGGUCCGGAGGUCGCUGUCGAAGAGUCGACUGGCCUGCGGGAGACGCCCGCCUCGGCGUACGUCCUUUCGCGUGUGGUCAUCCGCGGUUUGAACUGAACGACGCGAGGUAGUUACGAAUCCACCAGUGAUUGGUGGCGUUUAAUUUGUGACGGUGAUCCGCACCGUUCCCGAAAGUGCUCGGUCCAAUUAUUGUUUGCCCCAUUCUGGAGGAAGUGGAGGCAGACGCGCAAGCCAGGACCGGCUGUGGAGCAGCAGUACUGGCGGACGCGUCUAGACUGCCGGCUGUCCGUCGCCGCCGCCGGUGGACGGACGGCCGCACAGUGGUGACGCGUCCGCCCCCCCCCCCCCCCGCUUUUGUAGUGACGUCUGCAUGGGGUGCCCGCACCCGCUCCUUAUUUCUGCCCGCUCGUCCUCAGCUAUCCUAUGCUUUUAGCUUCAUCUGAGUGGUAAUGGCACUGCGUUGUCUGCUGACGUGGUCUCACCCGGUCGCGGAAAACUAUCUUCGUUGCGAAACGUUUAACACGAUAUGCCAACAUAUAUAUCCACCAACUUAACCCGAUUCGUAUGCAUAAAUAUAUGAUUCAGACAGACUA